AUGGCUAUCCGAGUACAGAACCAGAGUACGAAACCUAUCCAACUACAGAGAGGUGUAAGACAGGGUGACGUUAUUUCCCCGAAACUCUUCACCGCUGCAUUGGAAGACGUUUUCAAGUUACACGACUGGAAAGGAUACGGUAUUAACAUCAAUGGCGAGUACAUCAUUCACCUUCGAUUUGCCGACGAUAUAGUUCUUAUGGCAGAAUCGCUGGAGGACUUAAGCACUAUGCUCAGUGACCUCAAUAGUGCCUCCCAACGGUUAGGUCUUAAGAUGAACAUGGACAAAACAAAGAUCAUGUUUAAUGUCCAUGUCACACCUAUGCCGGUAGUUGUUGGGAGCACUAAGCUCGAAGUUUUUUACGAGUACGUUUACCUGGGACAAAUAGUCCGGCUAGGUAAGUCCAACUUCGAGAGGUCAAUCGACGGAUUCAACUCGGCUGGGCAGCGUUCGGGAAAUUACAACGCAUCUUCUCGUCAGGUAUACCUCAAAACCUGA